AUGCUUAAAGCCGAAAGCAUGGAGGACUACAGUCUCCAUGAUCCGAUGCGAACGUUUGCAAAGUGCCGGUCGGGAAGCUGGGUGGUGCGAAAGGAGGAAUUCUCGUUAAACAGAAAGAUUGCCGAAGGUGCGAUGGGCUCAAUUUUCAUGGCUAUCCUUCGUGGGCAGACUGUUGCCGCAAAGAUGUUGAAGAAAUCAGAAACCGCUGGCAUGCAGGCCUACAGGGAUCUCAUCACGGAGCUGGAUAUUUUGAUUUCGAUCGGCAAGCAUCCGAACAUUGUUGAGUUCAUUGGUGCGUGCAUCGACGAUCCACAGAGCCCUAUAGCGUAUAAGCUUCCAAGAAACACUAUCAUCGGAUGGAUCCUAGAUAUGAUGCGCGGACUGAACUUCCUGCAUGACCGAGAUCCUAUCAUAAUACAUCGAGACAUGAAGCCUGGGAAUCUUCUUCUCAAGGCUGACCUGUCCUCUUUGAAAUUAGCUGAUUUUGGCAUGGGGAAAGUGGUCAACCAAGCGAUGAUCAACUCCAUAGUGCAUACGGGGCAUACUGGAGCUGUGCGGUACAUGGCUCCUGAAGUAUACCACGUUGCAAAGGGUCAUUACACAGAAAAAGCCGAUAUUUUCAGCGCAGCCAUGAUCAUGUGGUACAUCGCUACAGGUCAAAGGCCGAAUCAAGGCCAAGGUCACAAUGUCGAGUGGCGACCAGACCUCAACAUGGUUGACUGGGUGGAGCUGAGGCCGAUCAUCGCUCAGGCUUGGUCUGCUCAGCCCCAGAUGCGCCCAAGCGCCCUCGCAUGCGCUAGAUGGCGUCAACGAGCUUCUGCUCGUCGGCAGUGUGCCCACGGCAAGCUGCACGUGUACCAUGAUGUGAAGAGAGGUUGA